AUGGUUGUGGAAACUACCUUGCAAAUCUUGGACUUGUUAAUACCACUUACUAACCGGGUCUGUGACACUGGGCCAGACAAAGUGAGCCCUGUUUACUCAGCAGUGUUUGGAGGGCGUGAAGAGUGCCUAGAAAUACUACUCCAGAAUGGCUACAGCCCAAAUGCCCAGACAUGCCUGAUCUUUGGAUUCAGUUCUCCAAUGUGCAUGGCUUUCCAGAAGGACUGUGAGUUCUUUGGAAUUGUGAAUAUUCUUUUGAAAUACGGAGCCCAGCUAAAUGAACUUCAUUUGGCAUACUGCUUGAAGUAUGAGAAGUUUUCAGUAUUUCGCUACUUUUUGAAGAAAGGUUGCCGGUUGGUACUCUGGAGCCAUAUAUCUGAAUUUAUAAAUCAAGCAAUUAAAGCACAAACAAAAUAUAAGGAAUGGUUACCACAUCUCCUGCUUGCUGGAUUUAACCCAUUGACUCUACUAUACACUUCUUGGAUUGACUCAGUCAGUGAUGAUACCCUCAUCUUCACUUUGGAGUUUACUAAUUGGAAGAGGCUUCCGCCAGUUGUUGAAAAGAUGCUCUCUGCUCGUGCCUCAAACUCUUCUUGGGUUCUACAGCAACAUAUUGGUGUCUGCUCAUUAGUCAGUGGGAUUUUUGCCUGUAUAUGCAUUGUGCUUAUCAAUUUUGCACAACAAGUCUCUGCCCAUCAGGAUCACAAGGCAAUCAAGAUGGUAGAGGAACUCAUGCCUUACUUCAUGCUUUCCAAGAUUGCAUUUUCUGGAUACAAGGAAGGGGCGUCAAGUCUGGUCUUCUGUGGCCCUGACAGUGGUCCCAUGUCUGUGAGAGAGGGCCCACAGGUUGGGUUACAACUGAAUGGGUCACAUCAGAGUCCAUCAGUAAGUCAGUGGGAUGGCCCCCUAUCUUCAUUUGGACCAUAG